CGGCGCUCCACACACGGCAGCGGCGCGAUGCUGGGCCGGCACCUUCGGCUGCUCCUGCAGCCCCGCGGGCGCUCCAUGCCCGCCUCCGAGGCCGUGCCGCAGCCGUCCCCCAGCAAGAGGCAGAAGGGCUCGGGUCCCGGCGAGCAGAGCACACGGCUCCGCUUCACCAAGCUGUCCGAGAACGCCUUCGCCCCCUCCAGGGGCUCCGCGCGGGCUGCGGGCUACGAUCUGUACAGUGCCUAUGACUGUGUGAUACCACCCAUGGAAAAGGCAGUAGUGAAAACAGACAUUCAAAUAGCACUUCCUUCUGGGUGCUACGGCCGAGUAGCACCACGUUCUGGUUUAGCUGCAAAGCACUUCAUAGAUGUUGGUGCUGGUGUUAUUGAUGAGGAUUACAGGGGAAAUGUUGGUGUAGUACUCUUCAACUUUGGCAAGGAGACUUUUGAAGUUAAAAAAGGGGAUAGAAUUGCCCAGCUCAUCUGUGAACGCAUUUAUUAUCCUGAGCUAGAAGAAGUUGAAGCUCUGGAUGACACAGAACGUGGUGAAGGUGGCUUUGGUUCUACUGGGAAGAACUGAAAAUUACUUGAAUAUGCUUUAUAUUUUUUUUCUUGUUACACUGUUUCUAAAUUUUCAUUUGAAUUAGAAGUGGGAUUUUAGGACUGCAUAAGAACAUUUCCAGUUUUAUUCCAGCUUCUCUGUAUCCUCCUGUCUAUUUUUACAGGCAGUGAAUUUGCAUAAUGGGGAAAUGUGCAUGACUGGCUUGGCUGAUCAGUUGAUGUUUGGUCCUCAACAAUAAGAAUGUGUUGUUUAUGUGUUGAUGAUACUCUAAUAAAUUAAAAAAUAACUUU